UUUUUUUUUUUUUUGCCCUUUCCCCCCCUUUCCCUUUUCUUUCUUAUAUCCACUAAUGCAACGUUCAUCGCCUUCACUUCAACCGCUUUUAGAUGAAGAGGCAGACAUGUCUCAACCUCCAGCACCUAUACAGUCUUGGGAUCAACUUCGAAAAGAAGCAAGAACUCUGGAAGGCGAAAUUGAAAGUCAAUUAGCAUCUUUAUCUAAAAUGGGACAAUCUACUGCCACGUUGGAAGAUGUUGGACAAGAAGCUAAAACAGACGACUUGCUAAAAAAGCUACAAUUGGUGAUUACAGGCAUGGGCGACUUUAUUGAUAAACCUAGUUCAACACCCACCAACCCUUCCAUGAUUCAUUUACUCAGUAGACAUAAAGAUAUCUUGUACGAUUAUACCAAAGAAUUCAGAAGAGCCAAGGCGAAUAUCAAGGCAGCUCGAGAUAAGGCGAAUUUGAUGAACCAAGUGCAAGAUGAGAUUAGGACGUUUAAUUCAGGAAAUAGAGACAACGCGGAUUAUUACUUGACAGAGCGUAACAGGGUAGAGAGUUCACAUCGAAUGACAGACAUGAUUUUAGAACAAGCGUAUGCGACAAGACAGGAUGUGUCUCGACAAGGUCGUAUUAUGCAUGGAGUCAAUCAACGUGUGGGUGGUGUUGUGAGUCGUAUUCCUGGCAUUAAUAAUAUUAUUUCUCGUAUUAAUACCAGAAGAAAGCGCGAUACUUUAAUUAUGGCGGGUGUUGUCUCUACUUGUUCCAUCCUCAUCAUCCUUUAUUGGAUGCGUAUUUAAUUUAAUGUGAUCUGUCUGUGGACCCCCGGAACCCCAAAAUUUAAAUAAAACCAUUUAAUUGUACC